CGCACGCGCUCCUCCUCUUCCCCUACAGUUCUUGCCUGUAAUAACACGACGUUCACUGGUGUUUGUGUGAAGGAAGAACAUCAGUUGAACAUUGUUCUCCAUAACCUGACAAGACCUCGAGUGUGAAGGGAGGACUUGUGUGUGCAAAAGAGACUAUUAAUCAUGGAUAUGUUCGAGCAAAAGCGUUGCAAGUCGAUGAUGACGCGGGCAGAAGCAGAGUUCAUAAUGAAGAAAGAAGUGCCUGAGCGAGCCUUCUGGAUUGUAGAUUGUUUCUGCAACAAUUACAACCGAUUACAGGAUGUACUUGAUGUGCUGUACAACACGCUGCCUGGGAAUGACUACAGUGUGUCGUAUCUUGCCAGCCAGAAGGGCACACGUCUCGUCAUUUUCUGUCAGGUAUGCCGCAUUGAGCUGACAUCCUUUGGCCCCUUCUCCUCGCACAACAACGGCAAGAGCCACAAGAGGAGACAGCAGCAGGCAGCAUCAACGAAGAGUGUCAACAAGGGCAGGACCCUCGAACACAGGCGUCUCAACGAGCCCAAAGGGAUCUUCCUGAAAGGCUCUUUAGAGGACCUAAUUGACUCUACCCGUUUCAUCAUCCUUGGUGUGCAGUUUGUGUACAAAGAGUGCAUCUGUGGUCAGUAUUGCUUCACAUGUCAGCUGUGUCAGGGAGACUGUGAGGUAGAGAGGGUCAACGCCUCAACAAUGUUUACACACCUGCGAUCAGUUGUCCACAACAAGAAAUACAUGGAAGUGAAAUAUGGAUACGUCAGGGAGCCAGAUGAAGAUUUUGCUCAUGACAUUAAAGAAAUUGAAGAGUUUGAAGGGAAGAUUCAUAACUACAUUAUUGAUUUCACAAAUCAGCUGCCAGACAAGACUGCUGAGGGCUCAGAGCAGUACAGGUCUUGUCGUCGUAGUAGAUCUUCCAGCGAGCCUCAUGUUUGCCUCUCCAGUGAUGACGAACAUGGAAGAAAGAAGCCCAAAGUAAAUUCCUCGCCUAUGAAGAUGGAAAGACUGAGCCCCAGAGUAACUUGCUCACCUGUGAAGAUGGAAAGACUGAGCCCCAGAGUAACUUGCUCACCUGUGAAGAUGGAAAGCUCACUGUGA